AAAACAUUAAGAGCAGGCAGAACCAUCAAUGAGAAUGCUGCCCAUAUUCAUACUCCUGGUUUCUAGUUAUUUGGCAUUGGGAAACCUCGUCCCAAAUCAAAAAACCUGGACAUAUAUGAUGAGAUCGGUUCAAAUGUCGACCAGCGAUGAGUCGAUAGCCGGCGGUACAACUCGCCUCGAUCGCAUCAGUCGCGGGGAGUUCGGACUAACUGGUACCCUGUACUUCAACACGGACGUACCCAGGGAUCUUGAGGCCGAGGUGAACAUCUAUCGCAGCACCGAUGGCGGGGGCACCUAUAAACUGGAACCCUUUUCCGUACCGCGCCGGAAAGUCUACGAUGCGCUGAACACUUUCUACAAGGACAUCAUCAUGAAAUCCGCCGCCAACUGUUCCGAUUUGCCGCAAUUCAAGGGCACCCUGGAUAUAAUUCACGCACGGGAAUUUCAUUACGAAAAGUGCCGAGUGAGCACCGAUGGAUUUCCAAAUUAUCUAUCCGACGGCCUCUACAAGAUCGAGGUUAAAACAUUCGGAAUAGUGCAUAUUAUAUGGGAGGUGGUCGUUGAAGUAGUGCAAAAAACCUUCUAGAGAGGAUACAACUACCAUCAAUUAAAGCAAUUCCUAUUCAUAUUUAUUUGCCAGACUUAUUAUGUACUGGCGAUUAGAGAAAACAUUCAUUAUA